AUGUGCUUCAUCCUUUGGCUGCUCCUCGCACUCAUUCUGAACCUCUGUGCAGAUCUGUGGCGCUGUCAGCUCCUGCUGCCGCUGGUCUCUCUGGGUCUGGUGGUGCUUGGUGGUUUGCUGGGCUUCUGUGCAUGUCUGUGUGGCAGUCUGAGCCCGACGCUCUUCAUCGGUCUGCUGCAUCUGCUCGCAGGCCUGUGUUCUCUGGCAACCGUGUGCUGUUUUCUGGCCGAGAUGGAUCUGCUGCACCGUGUGUCUGUGUUGCCGGAUCACGUGGAGGGUGCGCUGGGCUGGUCACUGUAUUUAGCGCUCAUCGCGUCUCCUCUGCACAUGAUGGCCGCUGCGCUGCUGGUGUGGGCGGAUCGCAGCCACAGUCAGAGCUACUACCGCAUGACUGUCUAUAGAGUCGCAUAAUCACCACAGCGGAUCCAAAACAUUCAAAACCAACAGUCACCCUGAGGCUGUUGUACAUAGAUGUGAUCAGUGUGUUGAAGAGAGACACCUGCUAGUCAGAAAAGGCGAGUG